GGGCAGAGGGCUGCAGAGGGGUUGUUUAUGGGUGCAGGGUGUGCACUGCGGAUGUGCUCUUGCAGCACCCUUCCUGCGGGUGCAGCUCCUGUGCGCUGCUGUGCCGGUGCUUGCGGUCAGGGCGGGUUCCUCCCCAGCAUCCUUGUGCUCUAUGAUCCUGAGUGCUGCGCUGGCUGGGUGCAAACAUGGAGGCUCUGUGAAUGCAUAAAGCCAAGCCCCUGCCCUCCUUCUCCUUUCCACACUGGGGUCUCCUGUGUCCUCCCAUGGGGUCAGCUCCCAGGGGUCUGUGCCUGCACUGUGCCAUGGUGCUGCCAGCUUUAGGACCGCCUUUCCCAUCACUUCUGCUUUCAGUUGUGCUUUCAGCACAAGCCCCAGAGUGCAGGCAGGAGCAGAGCAGUGGAAUACCCACAGGGGACCACCAUCCUGGCAGAGGAGGAGGAGGCUGCUUUCUGGGGUGCACUCAGCCCCUUGGCCUCCGGUGUCAGCGUCACGUCCUCCCCUUGCAGGGCUCCAAAACCGCAGCUACGUUUCCUGCCUGCAUCAGUGGGGAGCUGCAGGCGGAGCACAGCCCACGACACCCCUGGGGUUGGGACAGGGGCCUUCAGCAGUGACUGCAACCGGUGCUGCAGCUCGGGGUCCCACGGCAUCCCCCGGCACAGGUUCCAUGGCACUGGGCCACAUCAUGAUGCUGGCUCUGCUGCUCAGCACCCUGCAGGACUGUAAACCCCGGCCCAUGGAGCAGGGCCUGCAGUGGGUCUGGGGGGCAGCAGAGCAGACCCCAGCCAAGCCCCCACUGCCCUCCCGCAGGAGAAGAGCUGAUGCUGGACCCCACAGCAUCACCAUGACACCUGUUAGCAAUGACACUGCAUCCCUUGGGCAUGACAUGCUGAUGGGCAUGGAGACAGGCAACACCACCGGGCAGCCCAAAGCUUUGGUGGACACCACAGCUGGUCCAUUGGAUGACUCUCCUGAGCCUCAUGAGUUGCUGGGUACAGAGGUGGACAACACCUCCAGCCAGGCCUUGGCGCUGACCACAGUCAGUCUCUUGAAUGAGACCAAUUCCCUCCAGCCCCUCGUGGUUUUGGGUACAAAGCCACCAGCACAGCCAGGCAACACCCCCAAGCAAGCCAAGGCCUCACCGGUCACCACAGCGGAUCCAUUGGAUGAGACCAACACUCCUGAGCCCAUUGCACCUUUGGGUACAGAGCUGCCACCAAAGAUGGGUGACAGCACCAGCCGGGCCAAGGUCUUGGUGGUCACCACAACGGAUCCUCUGGAUGAGACCGACCCUCCUGAGACAGUGCCCGGCACAGCAGCCCAAAGUGGCAGCACCAUUGUGCCCAACCAGCUAAUGGAAUCCACAGGGCAUGGCACAGAUGGGACCAUAACAAGUGGCACGGACACCUCCAUGGAGCCACGCUCAGCUCUUCUCCCCACCACCAAGCUCUCCAAAAAAUCUGGCUCUCACCCUCCAUGGGAGGUGAAUACAACACCUUUAUCCAUUAAACCAUGGGGGACCACAGCGCCGGAGCCCUCGGAUGACUUGUGGGACAACAGCUCUCUGAUGAACAAGUGCCUGCUGGCCAUCCUGCUGCUGGCGCUGGUGGCUGGGUUCUUCAUGGUGUGCACAGCAGUGCUGGGCACUUUGCUUUGGCGGCGGGUGAGGACGGCCCGUCGGCAGCUCGGCCCCACUGAGAUGAUUUGCAUCUCCUCCCUGCUGCCCGACAACGAGCGUGCUGCCACCAAUGGUCCCCGGCGUGGGGCCCAGGUGCGUCACAAGCUGCUGGUCGAUGCUGGCUCUGAAGCUGAUGGUGACAACCUGACACUCAGCAGCUUUCUGCCGGAGCAUCCCUGAAGCAUCGCGGUGAUGGAGUAGCGUGGGGUCCGCCUCUGGUGCCACCAGUGUCCCCCAUUGGAACCGUAUGGAAAAGACUCAUCCACCCCAUUAAAAUGCCUCUGCUACA